AGGGGCAGCUGCGGCAGCCCGUGAGGGCAGGUGGGCCGGCCCCCAGGCGUCCGUCCCUAACAAGGCACACCCCGCAGCCCCGCAGCCCCGCAGCCCCGCAGCCCUGACCAGAGAUCCUGCAGGAGUCCCCAGCUGGUCUCCCUCUAGGCCCUCCACUUCCUGGCCCGCCCCCGCCCCCCCCCCCCCCGGAUCCGGACCUGCGGCGGCCGGGGGAGGGAGGGAGUGCAGGUGGGAAGGAGGCGGUCCGAACAGAGAAGGGGCGGGGCUCAGGGCCACAGAUCCUCCGAUCCUGGGGGAUCCCUGCCAGCCCAGACAGCCUCCGUGCCCUGGGCACCCGGACGGCAGGCCCUCCCCCGGGAUGCAGCCGCCGGCGCCUGGGCCCCUGGCCCUGCUGGACACAACAGAAGGGUUUGCAAGGAGAAAGAAGGACGCCCUUUGGUUUGUGGGGUCUCUGCUCGUGGUCUCUGCCGCCAUUCUGACCGUCGGCCUCGCCGCCACCACUAGGACGGAGAACGUGACCGUGGGAGGCUACUACCCAGGGGUCAUCCUCGGCUUCGGAGCUUUCUUAGGAAUUACUGGCCUCAACCUGGUGGAGAAUAGAAGGCAAAUGCUGGUCGCGGCCAUCGUGUUUGUCAGCUUCGGCGUGGUGGCGGCCUUCUGCUGUGCCCUCGUGGACGGCGUGUUCGCGGCCCGGCACAUAGGAAGCGUCUCCCAGACUAACGAGCCUUCUUCAGAACAUCAUCCUGUUGCAAAGAGGGAGCCCAGGCCCCUCACCGCGGGAAGAUGCCAGUUCUUUGCCAGCGAGGUGGGGUAUGUGCCCGACGCCCACCAGACGGAGGUCACCUGUCACUCCUCGAGCGGCGCGUGCCCCCUGAAGGUGAAGAGCAGCUCGUGCUACUGCUGCGAGCUCUAUAGGUGCCAGAGCACAGAGCACCCUCCCAUCUACUACGAGUUCGUGGGCGUGCGCUCCUGCCAGGACGCGCUGCACCUGUACCGGCUGCUCUGGGCCUCCGCGGUGCUGAACGUGCUGGGUGCGCUCCUGGGUGUCCUCACGGCAGCUGUCCUGGGGGCCUUCAAGGACAUGGUCCCCCUGUCCCAGCUGGCUUACGGCCCGUCUGCUCCACCUCAGACCCUCUAUGACCCUGCCCAGCAGAUCCUGGCCUACGCGGGCUUCUGCCCGGCACCUGUGGCCCUCCCCACCUGCUCGACCUACCCUCUGCCUCUCCAGCUCUGCGGCCGCUUCCCCGCCUCGACUCCCAGGGACGCCCCUGUGUCCGAGGACGCGCAGCCUCCCAAUGCCCCGCCUCUCCGAGUGCCAGUCCGCUUCCUCCCGGGGGUGAAGCCUCCGCCUGCGCUCCCUGACACAUGGGGGUAGAUGGAAAAUUAACUUAGUUUCGGUUUCUUAAAAAACAAAGCAGCCUCUGCAAACCCUGCUUCUGUGGCCAAAAUCCCAGAGACGUCAGGGGAAUGUUCUGAGGUCUGCGCCUUCUUUCCCUCCUGGGCACAUAUGUGGGCAGAGAGGCCAAGACCAGUGGCGGGACAGAGCCCCAGGCGCCCAAGGCCCCAGGCAGCACCUCUGCUCGGCUGCCUCGCCCAAAGCGGACGCCAGACACCGAACAGAUCCAGCGCUCUUGGCCGGAGCCCCUCGGUCUGCCGUCACUUCCUGAACAAAAGUCACUCUCUCGCCAUCUCCCGCGUGAGCCUGUUCUUACUAUUCUGCAAGGGGACUAUGGCCCCGUGUGCCCCCUGCAAGGGUCAUGUUUUAAGGAGAGGUGCUGUAUGUGUAUGUACGUACACCCGUGACCCCAGGACGCGCAGCCCUGCUCAGUGCCCUCUCUCGGCGGCUACUUGCUGGGGAUGAAGCGACGCUUUGGCUCUGACAUCAGACGCUGCUCGCGAGGUGCGUGCGAUCCCCGAGGUCUGCCCCCUUCCUAACCUGCCGUCACACCUGCAAAAACACUUGCUACCUGAGGCUGCGGGCUUCCUAUCCAGGGCUGCCGGUGGUCGUCUCUCACGGAUGGUUCUAGAGGCGGCCCGGUCUGUUCCGCAGGGAGCUCCAUAGGCCCCCCCCCUCCGCCGCAGGGCAGAUCGCUAGACCCCGUCUCUCUGCUGCAAGUGGGUGGCUUCUGAGGAUUCAGCUAGAGCCUGGGAGGCAGCUCGGCCUCCCGCAGACCCACCGCCACUGACCCAGGCACACCUGGAGCCCCGGGUGGGCACCCACCUGGGCAGUGAUCAGUCCUGGUUGAGUGACAGGCCAGAGUCCUAAACUAGUCCCGGAUCAUGGUUGGGGGUAGAGAUAAGGUGGGGUGGGGGUGGGGGGCGGGGAGGCGAAGAUAAGAAGGCAGGCAAGCAGACUCAGCCUCCUGCUCCCUCUGCUGGCGCGGACGCAGGUCCAACAGGCCCCGCUCUCGGGCGCUGGAAGGCCUCAGUUUUCUGGGCACCACGAACGCUCUCUCUGCAGAGGGUGAGCGCGUUCCCCUGUGGGGGCCGUCGCUGGAAUACAGGACACAGGAGGCCGCGGGUCCAGCUAACCGACCCCAGGAAGGCCCUUUGUCACAGACGAGAAAGCCACUGGUCUAGCAGAUGCCUUCCAUCCCGGCAGGGGCGUCGAGCUGAAUUCACACUCUGAGCCCAGACAGUCCGGCCGCCCAGCCCGGGCCCGCGCGUGGCUUCCUCUCCACAGACUCCAGGUUUGCAGCCGGGAAGCAAUGGCAUGUUUGUCCGGAGGAAAUCCCUCCUAUCGUACAGGGCUGCGAACAGGGGACAUGGAGGCCUCUGAGGAGGCCACGCUGCGGUGAGGGGCCUGGGGCACCUCCGUGUGCGGCUCCCGCUUCGGGGACCCCACAACCCCCUCAGGGGCCUGAAGCUAAGGAAUCAGCACAGCGUGGCUGAGGCCGGUGGUCCUGCCAAGCUGAGGGGCUGCUGAGCUCGCUGUCCCAUGGGGUCUGGACGGGGAAGAGGGGCCAGCUCUGGGGCCUCCAGGCUGUGCCCCAGACCCCCGCCAGCCCGCAGGGAGCAACCUGCUUCCUCCCAGGCUUGGGGCUGUCCCUCACAGGGCCCAGCCUGAUGGAGAGCUGCUGACAGCAGUGCAGCCGGUGCUGGGAACCGCGCCACCGAUCGCCGAAGGCAGCCAGAUGCCAAGACACGGGGACAGCUUUGACCUCGGCACCCACCCCAGGGUCAGAGGCACAUAGCAGUGUCCGUGUUUCCCAAGAUUGUUGACACCAACGUCACCCAAAGGCACUUCUAUCUGCCCUGAGAGCCCAGAACUGAUAAAGAUAUUAGACUCCCAGGCCAACAAUUCUGCUCUUGGCCACAAGAAUGUCCUUAUCCCCUGUCCCAGCCACAAAGAAUGCCAACAAUUCAACUCCCUCCUGGUGACGGCUCCGGCCCCUUGCAGUCCCCAGGACGGCUCCCCCACCCCUGGCAUGUGGUGCCUGUUCACGCCAGGCCCGCAGUGUGUUGUAGGUACCAUUCCCUGAGGGAAAAAAGUCUCUGCCAAAGCCUUUGCCGUCACAGUGAUAGUCACUGGCCAGUCUGUGCCUGAGUGUCGGUGCGUCGAGGGUCCUGGCCUGGCAACCCUGAUGGGCACCAUGAUGAGUGGGUCUCGGUGGGGCCUCUCCCUCAGCCCCCGUCCUUGGCUGAGCUACCCCCCUCUUCCCGACCACUGACUGGGGUUGGCACUCAGGGGACCCGGACCGGGGGCUGCUCACGGGUGCGGGGCUCCCUGUUGGGGGGCGGGAAAUGUUCCAGCACGGGACAGUAGAUGUGGCUGCACAGCGUCAUUAUGUAUAAAACCCACUGAACUGUACGUUGUUAAAGGGUGAAUGUUAUGGUUUGUGACUUGUACCUCAGUGAAAAGAGGGCAGGAGGCCGUAUCAGCGUGUGUGAAGCCGGACCAGGAGUAGAGCACGUGUCCAGUGGACAAGAAGACAGUCAUCAUUGCCACGAAGCCCGACCCCUCGCUGAGCAGAGAAGCCCUCGGAACCUUCGGGGAAACGUCGUCUGACCUACAGGAAGAAGAAAAUGUCCAGGAGGCAAGGCCCUUAUGCAGCUUGUGGCUUCGUGUGUGGCAACAGCCCUUACGCAGCUCGUGGCUUCGUGGGUGGCAACAGUUAGAGAUGCGCGUCUUUCCAUUCUUCGUGUCCGAAGGUGAUUUAACGAUGAAGACGAAUACAUACACACGCAGAAAGAACGCGUAGAGCGCGGCACAAGGCGGUGCGACUGGCAGAGAGGCAAAGACAAGCGCGGCCGGGACGAGGCGCCCUCCCUGCCCUGCCCAGCGCAGGGUUUGUGCGGACGUGUUCUCACCUCCUUCGGGUCAGUACCGGAGAGCGUGGUUGCUGGGUCGGACGGCAGGCGUGGGUUUGGCAGACAGCCUUCCAGGCGGCCACGCUGUCCUGCACUGCCCGUAGCGUGAGGGCCUGGCCGCCAGAGGGCCAGCACUUGGGCUGGGCGUGACCCAGACCAUGGCCGCCCUGGUAGGAGGGCAGCCGUGUCUCAUUGUCACGUUUGUUUGUCAUUCUGUGGGGACAGUGCUGAGGAACCCCGCUCAGGUGCUUACUAGCCAGCUGGGCCCCUGCUUUGGGAACGUUGUCUGUUCAGGUCUUUUGCCCAUUUUUAUUUGGGUUGCUUGUUUUCUUGUUGAGUUUCAAGAGCUCUUCGUAUAUUUUGGGUACCAGUCCCUUGUCAGAUGUGUUUUUGCAAAUACUUUCUCCCCAUCUUCUUUCAACGUUGUCUUCUGGGCAGCAGAGGUUUAGGCUUGCUGAAGUCCAGCUUGUCCAUCCCGUCCCUCACGAAUGAUGCCUCUGGUACCAUGUCUGCCAUGUCACCACCACCCACAGUCUCAGAAUUUGGUAGUUUCCCCCUUUCCCUGUAGAUACGUGACCUGUUUGCGGUUAUUUGUGAAGGGGUGAAGUGUGUGGCUGGAGUCAUUUCUCAGCAUGUGGAUGUCUACUUGCUUCAGCACCAUUUGCUGAAGAGACAGUCUCCGCUCCGUUGUGCUGCCUCUGCUCCUUUGUCCAACACCGGUGACCGCAUUUGUGUGGAUCUGGUUCGGGGCUGCUUGUGCCAUGGAUCUGCUCAUCCAACAACACCAGCCUGGACUGACCGUGGCAACUUUGCAGUAGGACUUGGAGUCAGAGAGUGUCAGUCUUUUAGCUCUGUUCUUGACUUUAACGUCGCUCAGUAUUUAAAUCUUUCCUUUACUGUUAGAGCAUUUUGGGUUCUUUUAAGAAAUAGUUCUCUACCUUAGGUCAUGCUAAUACUUUCUUCUGUCACAGGGGAUAGCAGAGUCUGUACAUAAAGGGUCAGAAGGUAAAUAUUGUUGGCUUACAGCGUCAGUUAAUGUGUGUUAAUGUGUGUGACGACUCAGCUCCGACACGUGGACCGGUCCAGCUGUCGACGUCCAGCUGUCGACGAUCGCACGUCAAUGGGUGUGGCUGUGUGCCAGUGAGCUUUGCUAACAAGGGGGGUGGAGCCACAGGCCCUUGGGGCGUAGUCUCACAUGCUUGUCUGGGACUUUAUAGAUUAUUUUUAGAUUUAAUGAUAUAUUCUACCUUGUGUCAUGGGUGGUGAGGUCAGAUUUCCUUUCUCUUUAAUGCAGGGGCAUUCAACAGGGCUGGUUUUGCACCUGGGGGACAUUUGGCAAUGUCUGGAGACAUUUUUGACUGCCAUGAGUGCUGUGGAGGCUGGGGCAUGGGCACAGUGGGAACUGUGGGCACAGUAGUUCCUGGAUGGCAGGGUUCUUCCCAAUGACCCGGAAGAACCCUCUUCAUAAAACACACACUCACGACCAACAGCAUCCUAAAAAGAAAACCCCAAAACAGCAAACAAACAAAAUUAUUGCAGCUCUUCUCUUGAAAAGCCAAAAGCAAAUUAGACCAUAACUCGGUACACGGCGUGUUCUGUUCCCCGUGCCGUCCCCAUAGCACAAAGUCUCCUGUCUGUCACCACUGUCCUCCUCCACCAGACUGAAUCAGUCUCGUCCAGGGCCUCCAGCGGAGCGCACAGUCAGAUGAUGGGGCUUCGCCUGUCUCUGACUCCUCUGCUGCCAGCACCCCCGGCUGGACAGUGGUGAGGGUGCCGCCCUGCCUGGCACCAGUGGGGACUGUCCAGCUGUAUUCAGCCCUUACAGAGUUUGAGCUUUUUCUUGGCCGUAGUUGGUGGUACCCUGGUGCCCAGUGGAAAUAAAAGGAAACCACAGCAGGAAACAGAUUUGUGCCCAGCUCCCUGCACAGAGGAUGGCGUGGGAUCGUCAGAAGGCCCCUAAGCCAGGGCUGUGUGUGCCCGUGGGGUCCCGUAGCUGUGUGUGUGCUCUCUGCUCCGGCUGUCCCGGCCUUCUCGAGAGACUGGGGCUGGCCAGGGGAACAUUACACAGGAACAUUCCAGAGCUGCCUCCACAGAGAGGGAAAGCAGAUAACACCACGGGGAAUGGUGCAGCGACACGUUGAGAAACGGAUCAGGCCCUAAAGCUGCUUUGGGUUCCUGAUGUUCCUGAGGCCAGCUGCGGAGGGGGGGGCCUGCCGUUCUCCCAGGGGCUACAGGCUGGCCUCACCUCCCACAUUUCUCAGAGCUGUGCUCAGGAGUGCUGGAGGUGGUCUGGGUUGGGGUGAGGCUUCCUGUUUAUUGGGCAGACAGAGUCCAGGCUGUGGUCCUCCUGGUCAACAUGAAAGGCCCCAGGAACUGAGGUUUCACUGCCCCGAUGGACAAUGAGGCUGUGUCCUGCAGCCCCAAGUCCCAGCUGCCUGGGAGCCAGCAGAGGGUGCCCGGGUUUGGGGGUCCCCUUAUGCUACAAGCAGAUACUUGCAUCCACCUGGCUGCAGACUGAGAGUGGGGACGCCCACGGUGUUGUAGGAGAAGGCCCUUCCCCUGGGACCUUGGCUGGAGAUGGACGGCUCAUGAAGAUGUAGUCGGUCAGAGCUGCCCAGGGACAGCCCAGCACGUGCUCUCGGGACACAUGGCGUCCCUGCGUGCCCUGCUUCUCAUGCACCAGCCUGGAAAACCACCUGAAGAACCUCUUAGACUAGUUUUCUCAAGGCCCAAGUCAAUAGAACCUCCACACAUCUCGGAAGAUGGUGGACAGGACACAGCCGGGCAGGCGGUGGUAGCAUCUGUGGGCAGGCCAGGGAGUGCUGAGGGCCUGGUGAAUGUGCCAGGGACCUCUGGUCGGCCUCAACGGCCAGGCCCACGAGAGCCUGUGGGCCUUCCUGUGUCCAUGCCCCGGCAUCUGCCCCCUGCAGACGUCAUCCCCAUGGUGAGCAGGCCGGGGAGGGGUCCCUCCUGGUGGGGGCCUGUGAUGGGCGGCCCCUCCAGAAUCCUAGAGACCCCUUCAAGGACGGGCCAGCCGUGGCUGAGGAGGGAUACCCAUCUGCUCCCACCGGGGCACACCGGGGGCCCACGUCCUUGAAGCCACAGGCUGCUGUCUAGAAACCUGAAGGGGACCUCCCCUUCUCUGUGCUGCCCGGCUCACUCUGCCUCUCGCCCCGUAGCUGUGGGUGGGCUCCUCGGGCUCUGACCGUCCUUCUGCUCACCUGCGGGUCAGUUCGAGGCUUCUGGGCUCACAGUCUGCUGCCAGGCACCAAGACCCACGCUGCCCCGUGCCUGGCUGGUGCUGCCUUCACAGCUCACUGUGCACUGAGAAAGGACAGGGCUGUGGGAUGCUUUGCCGCAACCCAGACCUACCCCACGGCCUCAGGACAUUCGAGGUUUGGGAUCUAAGAACAGCUCAGUCUUGGAGGAGCUUUCCGGCCAUCAAGCGCGGUCUCCAGCGGGUACCAGAAACUUGCCUGGUGCAUUGCACAUGACCGUGACGGUGACCGCCGGCCAUCCUGUGACCAUCGCCGCCCCGACCCUGACAGCCGGCUGUUCCGUGACCGUCACAUCAGGCAGACAGACCUGCCCUGCCGGAGCUCCGACCUCAACACUGGCCUCCCCGCCAACCCGCCCCCGGGCCUCUGCAGCCUGUGUGUGCUGCUGGCCCUGGGGCCCCAGAGCGUUUUCCUUUUGUGUCCUCUUGGGGUCAGAGCGGCGUCUGCACCCCCCACCUCGCAAAGCGGCACGUGUACCCGCGUAACCAGAGUCCUGCCGCUCCAGCCGGAAGAGCCGCUCCGAGGAGAGUGGACGGGAGACAGAGGGGAUGGGUUUGUGUAGGGAGACAGGUGCGAACCGGCCCUGUGUCAGGAGGGGCGGCAGGGCCCUCGCCUCCAUCAGAGUUGUGUCCACGGCACAGAGAGCAGGGCAGCAGCGCCCAGAGCCGGAGCUGGGAAGGGUUGCAGGGGAGGGGCUGG